ACUGAAACAAAAACAGUAUUUUUAAUAACUCCAAUAGAUCAACAUAUAGCUUCCCACUUUCUUCCAUACCCACUUGAUAAGGCCUAUGGCUUCAUUAGCUUCCUACCCAAAUGGGCUAAGAAUUGUUGCAGUGGUCACUCUGCUUCUCAUCUUUUCAGUUGGAUCAUCAUCAUCAUCAGGAGGAGGAAGAGGAAACGAAGAAGAGAAGCAAAGAAAAAUGCACUUAGGUUCAAAGCCUCCCAACUGUGAGAAUAGAUGCUGGAAUUGUAGACCUUGCAUGGCUGCUUUAGUUUCUCCUCCACAUCAUAAAACGACAUUGUCGUCUAAAGGAGAUAAUGAAAAUUAUUAUCUGCUCUCAUGGAAGUGCAAAUGUGGAGAUAAGUACUUUCAACCUUGAUACAAAUAACAAUAACAAUAAAUGUAUAUUAUAAAUAAACCCGUAAUUUAUAGCUAGCUACUUGGCAGCUUAUCUUUCUACCUCUAGUUGAUCACUUCUGUAUCUGUAAAUUCUUCUAAGUAAGCUUUGAGAACUAAAUUAUUAAUUAGUAUUGAUCAAAUGAUUCUUUGAUUAAGGGUUUGUUCGGUAAAAUUAACUAUUUUUGUAGCUAAUUAUUAGCUGUUAAUUGUUUGAGUAGCUUUUAAUAAAAUACUAUAAAAUACUAUCUUAACCUCUAA